GAGCUGUCACACUACGACAGCUCAUGAGGAGAGGAGAGCCUGUAAUCAGCAUUCCUCAGAGCGGACAUCGACACUGAUCAUCAGGGCACUUAUGAUCAGUGCCCUGAUGAUCAUUGUAGCCCCAUCAGUGCCACCUGUCAGUGCACAUCAAUGCCACAUAUCAGUGCCUACCAGUGCACAUCAAUGUCAACUAUCAGUGCCACCUAUCAGUGCCAGUCAGUGCUGCCUAUGAGUGCUGUCAAUCAGUGCCACCUGUGCCGCCUAUCAGUGCCCAUCAGUGAUGUCUGUGAAUGCCCACCAGUAAUGACUGUCAAUGCCCAUCGGUGCCACCUACCUGUGCCCCCUCAUCAG